AUGGCUGAGCUGAACAGCCCCGCCCCCAAGGAUUUCCUUACAGUUAGUAUGUUACUCGGAUUUACGGUACAUCAGGCGCUCCGUUUAUCCAUGGACAAUAACACACUCCGCCACCUAAAGGUUCAGCCUGGGUCCACCAGUCUCAGCUCGGGCGAACCUGCUCCAAUGGCUAGCCUGGCCGAAAAGGAUCGCCAAUCAGCACUUUCAAAACGCAAUGCCUACGUUGUGUCUGGCCAGGCCCCCAAAACAUAG